UUGAGUUGCAACCCCCCCUCAGAACAGCCUCAAUUCGUUGGGGCAUGGACUCUACAAGGUGUUGAAAGUGUUCCACGGGGAUGCUGGCCCAUGUUGACUCCAAUGCUUCCCACAGUUGUGUCAAGUUGGCUGGAUGUCCUUUGGGUGGUGGACCAUUCUUGAUACACAUGGGAAACUGUUGAGCGUGAAAAACCCAGCAGCGGUGCAGUUCUUGACACAAACCAGUGUACCUGGCACCUACUACCAUACCCCGUUCAAAGGCACUUAAAUAUUUUGUCUUGCCCAUUCACUUUCUGAAUGGCACAUAUACACAAUCCAUGUCUCAAUUGUCUUUAACCUGUCUCCUCCAGUUCAUCUACAUUGAUUGAAGUGGAUUUAACAAGUGACAUCAAUAAGGGAUCAUAGCUUUCACCUGGAUUCACCUGGUCAGUCUAUGUCAUGGAAAGAGCAGGUGUUCUUAAUGUUUUGUAAACUCAGUGUAUAUAUAAUAGUUUCCAUUGUAAUGAUAUGCUCCCCCCCCCAACACCAAUGUAAUCAGCAUUGUCAUUAUCAUCGGUUUGUCACAUGAUUGUCUUGAACUGUAUAUGGUAAUGUAAAAAAGCCCUUUCCUUAACCUUGUGGCCCUUACACCGUUUGAGUGGGUGAUCCUGGCGACUAUCACGGCCAACUGCAUCGUCCUGGCCCUGGAACAACAUCUUCCUGGGGAGGACAAGACCCCCAUGGCCAAAAGACUGGUGAGACUACAGGCCUUGAUCGGUUAAUAUUAGGCAUUUAGGCUACAUCUCAAAUGGCACCAUAUUCACUAUAUAGUGUUGUAACUUAAAUGGGUUGCAGAGUUUACAGUUUAUUUCAUAGCCAGACAUAAUUAUUUGCAGAUAUGGAUUACAGUUUACAAGUGAGGUCAUUGUAUUUUAUUGCAAUACAUGUGACAGAACUAUUUUAAUCUUUCUGUUGUAUUGGUUGAAAACUGCAAGUACCAUAAUGUCUUGAGGCAGGAAGUGAAAACAAUAUGUUUUGUACAGUCUAAAGUGGUAAAAUGUAACGUGAACGAUUUAAUUCACUCAAAGAACCUUUCAUCUCAUAACUAAAAAGUAAAGUAGUGCACUAUAAUUAGGGAAUAGGGUGCCAUUUGGGAUGCAUGUUGCCAGGGUUGUGGGUUCGAUAAAAUAAUGUAUGCGCUAACUGUAAGUGGCUCUGGAUAAGAGCGUCUGCUAAAUGACUAAAAUGUAAAUGUAUGUUACUUUACAGUAAACAAUAUGCCUAGCUGCCCAUUUCCAGGUUAACAAGUCUAAUUGCCAUUCGGACCUAUGGUUUCUGUUUUAUUUUUUAUUUUUUUAUUUUUUUAUGUUGGCUGUGAUAUGCUGCGUUCACGUGCUAUCAGAAACUCGGAACCUAACUUACAGUUUUUCUUAAUGGUUUUGGUAUUUUCACAAGUAUGUGUUGUAUUGAUGUUGUCGCAUGCCUCAUCCAUGGCCAGAAGGAGGGUGGCACGCUCAUGGUGAUGGCAAUCGUACACCUUCCACCUUCCAUGCUGAAAAAUAAUCCUCAAUAGGGUUGAGGAAAGGAGAGUAUGGGGCAGGUAUAGGGUCACGAAUCAGGGAUGGGCCCAAAACCAUGCCUGGACCACCUCUGCAUGCUCAAUUUUGUUGAGAAUCACAAUGAGGUGUGCAGCGUUGUAGGAUCCAAGUAAAGGCCUACGUCCUACCUCACCAUCUUCAGAGAUAGCUGCGCACAUGGAGAUGUUUCCCCCACUUUGUCCAGGUACUUGGACGGUCGCCCGUUGGCCGAGUUUUGGCCAGGUUGAAGCCCGCUUCAUCAAAAAAUAUAUACUUGUGAUGGUUCACAGCAGCAUCAAGCACCAUCACCCUCUAAAAAUCUAUUUUGGUUACUUAUUUUUACAGUAUAAUUCCAAUAUGGUAUUGUGAAGUAGCAUGUGCAUUAAAUAGUAACUGUGCUGUACCUGAACAUACUCGGCCCACAGUUGUUUCACCCGGUCAAUGUUUCUCUCAAAAGGCACCAGGUAAAUGUGUUUCAUAGAUACCUGGUGCCUCUUCAAAAGGCGGGCGAUUGUUAGUAGGCUGAUGGAUGCCACAUUGGCAAAGGUGUCAUCGUUUUCCUCCAUGGCCUGCUUUAUUUCAGACAGCAGUAUGUCAUUCCUGGCCCACACCAUUUCCACCACUGCCCACUCCUGCUGGUCGGUCAGCACACAGCCAUGGCCACCACCAUGGGGUCUUCUGUCAAUUCUGAGGGUAGAACAGAGUAUACUGUCAAUAGAUCAUACUGUAAGACUACUAACAUGUUUUGUGAAUUUACAUGCAUUACUACAUGUAAUGUACUGUAAAUGUAAUGGUAAAGCAUAGUGCAUAUCCUGCAGACUUACCAGUUUUCUUGGCAAAAUGUUCUCUUGAUCGAAUUGACAGUUCCCUGCCGUCUGCCUCCCUCUCUCUGAUGUCCACCUCUUUGACGGGGACCAUGCCCACCCUCUUUGACGGGGUCCAUGCCCACCUAGUUUACCUCUUUGACGGGGACCAUGCCCACCUAGUUUGACCUCUCUGAUGGGCCUCUUGUCCAAAAACUCUUUGAUUUCUUCCUCUCUCUUGCUGUCUAUCCUGCUCCAUGUUCACACACCAUUUUAUAUGGUGACCAAUUGUGGUUACUACUAUGGGAAAUCAAAUAGCAAUAAUGAGUAGUCAUUAUGUAUGGUUAGCAUGUAUCAUACAUGUAAUUUAGAUGUUUAUACUUUACAAACACACAUAUUAUUUCUGUAGUUCUCAAAUUCCAUAUAUAGUAGACAAACCAGUUUAAAAUCUAUAGGUUUACCAAACGGUUAAAUUAUUAACCAUUAAGCACAGUUGGAUUAAGUGAUGGUCAAAUGUAUUUAAAUAAAUGAGAAGAGAAUCAUAUGAAAAGUAUUGUAAGCAUUGCAUUGUGAACGGCAAUUACUUUAUAUGAAAGGUAUUUCUAGAUGAAACACUGAUUAGGUUUGGUGAAAAAGUUACUGUGUGAUUUUGUGUGUUGUACAUAGUCAAUUGAAAAUGUGCUUAAAGUUUUGAAAGAACUGCCUUUUUUGAUUAUCUGUUUUGAGUUUUGUACUAAGAGUUGUGUGAAAUUUUACCACAUACUUGUGAAAAUAGUACAAAAGCGAUAAAAAAAAUAAUAAUGAAUUUGCGUAGAGCUUCCGAUUUGUGGAUUCUGAUACUUCCCAAGUGGGAAACUCGGGAUCAUAUUUUUACGAGUUAGCAAGUCGGAAAUGUCAGAGUUUCCUAGUUCAGACUAGCACUUGAACGCGGCAUUAAACUGCACAUUCUCAUGCAUGCAUACCCUCACAAACAUACCUGUGUAAAUGUACUAUAUGGUUUGUGUCCCUCUGAUGUUCUAAUGCAUCCAUACUGUAUCUUCCCCCUACAGGAGUGUACUGAGCCUUACUUCAUCGGGAUCUUCUGUUUUGAGUUUGGCAUCAAGCUGGUGGCCCUGGGCUUUGUGUUCCAUAAAGGCUCCUACCUGAGGAACGGAUGGAAUAUCAUGGACUUCAUCGUGGUGGUCAGCGGGUGA